AAUGUCCCCUCAAGAUGGAAUCACAGAGAAUGUUUUUGAGCGAUGUUCUGUAGGCGAAAAGCCGGCCCCACUGGUGCCCAACCAGGGCGAACUACAGAUACUACUACGGGUUUGGGUCGACGAUGCGCCGGAAAGCAUGCUCAUCGAGCUACCUUCGACUGCCGUUGAUGAAGUCUGGGUCGAGGCGAAUAUGGCCCUCCUCCGAGACCACGAUGAUGCAUCUCGCAUCCGCUUCAUCUCGGGUAAUAUUCGACUAGUGGGAAACCCCGAGAUGGAGAUCUACCUAACUUGUCACACAGGGCGCUUCUUCAGAGUGCUUGUUUUCAUCUGCACCGACGCGAGUGUUCAAUCGACAAACCAUGUGGACGAAUA